CACAUUGCAGCAUGUCGAGUCGGUGUUCACAGACCACUCACUGUUUGGCUUUGCCGAUAUGUCUGCUGUUAUCACCAACAAGUUCCUGGAGUUGUCGCUGGCAGCCUGUGAUCACUGCAUAUGUGUCUCCCACACUGGGAAGGAGAACACCGUUCUGCGAGCCAAGGUGCAACACAACCGUGUUUCGGUGAUCCCCAAUGCUGUCGACAUGACAGUUUUUGUGCCAAAGCCAAAGUCGGAGAACAACAGUGCAGAUAGGAUAACAAUUGUCAUUGUGAGCCGACUGGUGUACCGAAAAGGAGUGGACCUCAUGGCGCAGAUUGUCCCAGAAAUCUGUUCCAGGCACUCUGAUGUGGACUUCCUGGUGGUAGGCGACGGGCCAAAGCGGUGGCUGGUGGAGGAGACGCGGGAGCGGCACUCGCUGCAGGAGCGUGUGACGCUGGUGGGCAGCCUGCCCCACGACCGCGUGCGCGACGCGCUGGUGGAGGGCCAGCUCUUCCUAAACACGAGCCUCACCGAAGCCUACUGCAUGGCCAUCGUGGAGGCUGCCGCCUGCGGGUUGCUGGUUGUCAGCACCAGAGUGGGAGGAAUACCAGAGGUACUUCCACCUGAUCUGAUCUACCUCACAGAACCCACUGUGCCAGCUCUCCUGGAAGGCCUGGAGGCAGCACUGUCGGACCUGAGGAGCGGUCGGGGCCCGGACCCCUGGAAGCGGCACGCCCGCGUCUCUGCCCUGUACAGCUGGCCCGACGUGACGCGGCGCACCGAGAAGGUGUACCGCACAGUCGCCAGUUCCCCUACGCACACAUUGGGGCACCAGAUGAGAAGUUACGCUGCCAGCGGCGUGUGGCCCUUCCUGCUGGUGAUCUCGCUGUGCCACCUCGUCCUGCAACUGCUCGACUGGCUGGUGCCACGACAGUACAUAGACACUGCUCGAGACUACACCAACCCCGGAAGAGGAAACUGCGCAGCUGGUGACCAGUGGCAAUGAAAGCCGCAGGUGCGCAAGAAGAAGCCCGCGUGAUAUGCCGGCUGCGUCCUGUCGUCGCCGAAGGUGAACGGCCUGUCGAGGCUGAAGGUAUUGUCGGUGAUAUGUGGCAGCAGACCGUACACACGAGAAGAGGGGGGGAAGGUCCUGUGAUGAGUCGACAGCUUGUACUUUCUGCCUUCAACAGUUCUGCCUGGUGCAUAACGGUGGAUAUGCAAUUUGGAUCCACUAGUUGCAAAUGUGCAAAAAGCUAUUAGCUUGUGGACAGCUGCAUAGUGUUUUGAUGUAAUGUAAUUUUAAUGUUGUGAUACAUUCCUAGUCACAAGAGCU